AUGAGAUCCCGGAGUGGCUCCGGGGUCCGUUUGGACCGCAUUCUAUUCAUGGUCGAGCAGACGAUUUGUGCGCAUCAAAAUCCGAUCACAGCGCUUUUUGCCAAUCAGAAAGACUUUCCAGGUAUAGAAACUAAUAAAGCAGUGUAAUUUAUCGAUCGAAUCGUCAUUCCAGGUCACGCUUGGGUUCGCGACAACGUGUACAUCGCGCAGGCUCUGUGGGCUCUGUACAGAGCAUACAUGAAGUGCGCGGAUUUCGACGAGGAUCUCACAAAGGCCAAAGAGCUUGGAUUCACCUGGUAAAUUUCCACAUGAAAACUCAAAAAUAUCUCCUUUCUCAGUGUCAAAAUGAUGCAGUCAAUACUGGAAUGUUUGAUGCGACAAGCCGACAAAGUUGAGCUCUUCAAGAAGUUCCAACGUCCGCUCGACGCCCUGCACUCCAAGUUCGCAGUGGACACAAAGAGCACAGUGUGCGGAGACGCCGACUGGGGACAUCUUCAGAUGGACGCCAUCUCCCUGUACCUUCUGACGCUCGCUCAAAUCACCGCAUCCGGUCUUCAAGUCGUUCGCAACUUUGACGAAGUCGCCUUCAUCCAGAACCUCGUCUACUACAUCGAAACUGGAUAUCGCACUCCGGAUUACGGAAUUUGGGAACGCGGAGACAAGACUAAUCAGGGCAUCCGAGAGCUCAACGCCACGUCGAUCGGAAUGGUCAAAGCGGCGCUUCAGGCUCUGAACGACGUCGGCGAUCUGUUCGUGGACGGCUCGAGAGGCUCAGUUGUGCACGUUCUUCCGGACGAAAUCGAACAGUGCUCGGCCGUUCUUUCCAGCAUGCUCCCCAGAGAGUCGUUCAGUAAAGAGACAGACGCGGCCCUUCUCGGCAUCAUCAGCUACCCGGCAUUCUGUGUCGAAGACCCAGAACUAGUCUCUCAAACCCGCGAAACCAUUACUCAACGCCUGAUGGGCAAGUACGGAUGUCGGCGAUUUAUGAGAGACGGCUACAAAACCGUUUUGGAAGACGCUUCGCGGUUGUACUAUAACAAAUCGGAGCUGCAACAGUUUGAAGAUAUUGAAUGCGAAUGGCCCAUCUUCUUCUGCUACCUUAUUCUCGACGCAAUGUACUCGAAGGACGACGAUGCGGUGGAGGCGUACUGGCGGCAGUUGGAGAAUGUUCUCGUGCUGAGCGAAAAGGGAUUCCGGCUGGUUCCCGAGUUGUACGUGGUCGCGAGAGAACACGUGGCUGCCGAGAAAGAACAUCCGAACACUCAAGUCAGAGCUCCAGGCGGAGCCACGUAAGUCUCACAACCUGAUAUUGUAAAGGUUCACUUCUUUACAGACCGUUCCUCUGGGCUCAAUCGCUCUACGUGAUCAUCUGUCUUCUUUACGAAGGAUUCCUCAGUCCCGCUGAACUCGACCCCCUCAGUCGUCGUCUUUCCGUCUACGAGAAGCGACCACCGUGCGAAGUGCAAGUGACUGUGCUCGCCGAGUCCGCGGAAGUCCAGAGGGAGCUCAGAGCUCACGACAUCUUCGUGCAAAGAGUCGACGAGAUCGACCCGGUGUUUACGAUUCUUCCAGCUUCGGCGUUGGCUCAUUUGCUGGCCAAGUAGGAGAAAAUCCAAAAACGUUUUCAGCUAACCAGCUUUUCAGAAUUGGCGAAUCCAAAAAGCUGAAUCUCUCUGGCCGUCCUCUAGAACGCCCGAUCGGCCUUCUAAGCACAUCGAGAUUAUACCAGAUUGGCAACAAAUUCGUCAUUUUCACUCCGCAAUUCAUGGACUCCAGACGGUCCCAUCUAAUGUACGAUAUCAGAAUUCUUACGGACGAAUGGAGCAGUGAACUUCAGUACAUUUACGCCUCCUGGAACAGUGUGAGCAUCAGCGGAAGACCUCUCGUCGUCCUGGUUAUCACUCAGGGAAUGCUCUCCACCGUAAGCAUCACUUUUUCAAUUUAUGCUCAUUCAUUCAUUCCAGGAGGGUCUUUCUCACUUCUCGAACAUUCACCUUAAUCGUCACAUGAAGUCGACCGUGAUCGGAGCAAUCAAGAAGAUAAACACGGGAUAUUUGAGCGGAGCCAGGUACGAGCAGUGGUUCAUUCGAACGGACUCACCCCCUCCAGCUUUUGCAGAGUCGUCAUGAAGGAUUUAUCGGACUUUUUCCGCACUACAGCGGUCAGCAAAAUGGAGUUUAGAGACACGAGUGCCGAGGAAAUGCUGAGAAGUGUGAUGGCUGAGAAAGUGCAGUUCACUCUUCAUACCGAGGAUACCACCGAGGCUAAAAGUGAGAUAAUCAGAAAGAUUUGACGAUUUCUCAACCCCUUCUGAGAUUCUUUAGGCGAGAAGAUCGCUUCACCACGUGGCAACCGCGGCCUUCGUCGCGGAGAAUCCGUCAAAGAUCGGAGUGCGUACUCGCUCGUCCACAAGGCCUCAAUGCGUCACCGAUCGAUCGCCCUCGACAGCAACGACGCGGAUCUCAUUCAGCUUCGUCUCGCCUACAAAUCGCGUCCCAGAGAUCUGCAAGACGCUGCCGGAGGAUCUCCGCCGUCGGCUCAACGCCCACUCGGUUUAGUUAAAGAAAACAGCUCCGGAGAGCUGAGGCAGCAAUUACUGAAGACGACGAGACGAGGAGCGGAGAAUGAGACGGCUCAUCGGGAUCUGAAAGCGGAGCAGAUGAACGAGAUGAAGGCGGACGAUCUGCUAGAUUUACUCAAUGAGACUACCGUUCUUGAGGAGCAAAUAUCGAUUGUGCAUUGUCUUUGGAUGAAAUUGUAAGUUCCCUGGGACAAAACUCGAAAAAUAACUCGUUCAGCGGACCCGACUACGACACUGAGCUCGGCUGCCAGCACAUCACCGUCCGAAUGCUCAUGGAAGAGGUUCAUGCGAAGGCGUGCGAAGCCCGUGAAUGGGCACUCGUACGUCUGACAGCCGGUCUGCUCAAAAAGCAACUGGAAGAACUGAGCAAAGCAGUCACUCAUCUGCUGGUCAGACAAAAGCAGAUCACGGUUAGAUUUGUGCCUGCUUUUCCCAUUCAUCUACUUCAAUUUCAGGUCGGAAUCGCAUCGAAAAAAGAGGAAGUGAUCACGUGUCCGAAAACAAACGAAGAGCUCGAAAAGAUCAUGAACCGAGCCUACGGAGACGAUCCAAACUCGUUCACUCUCGCCCAGGAAAUCAUUGUUUAUCUAGGCUCUUUGGUUCGAACUGAGCCCAAACUCUUUCUGGAAAUGUUCCGCCUCCGCAUCGGACUCAUCAUCCAAGUGCUCGCCUCCGAACUAGCACGUCUCCGUAAUCUGUCUGGCGUCGAAGCCGCCGACACGCUUCUGACGGUCUCUCCAUUCGAAUUGAAGUCCAUGAUAUUCUCACUUCUGUCGGGACGCCUUCUCGAAGAAUACGCGGAGGACGGUUUCCAUUACAGCGACACAAUGAGAGAUACGCGCACUGGAAUCGGCUCUUUCCGUCGGCAAAUCGAGGAGAGAAAGUCAUUGAGGAAAUCGACGAGAAGCAUGGGAGGAAUGGAGAUUCCCAAGGAAGAGGACGAAUACGAUGAAGCGGACGAAGACGAUUUCCAGUUUGGAAUCUGGCUGAGACACCGCCGAAUCGACGGAGCACUCAACAGAGUCCCCAGCAGUUUCUACGCCAUUCUCUGGGAUACUGUACAUAGAAUGCCGCACGGAGUGAAGAUCAACGACACGAUUCUCCAUUGGGGGCUCACUCAGGAGAUGACGCGCAAAGAGAUCAAGUUCGCAUUGGAAGUGGAAGAGGCGCUGAAUCGAAUUGCGGAGCCCGAGUACCGAGAAAUCAUCGUCGAAGCUAUGUGGUUGCUCGGAAGACUCGAGAAGCUGGUGCUCAUGGAGGAGCCCAAAAUUCCCAAAGAUCGCCCGUUGGAUGUGGACGCCAUUCUUCACGUGGCCAAUAGCAUUUUUGUGGAUCACAAUGUCUGCAUCGUCAAAUUAUUGUAACCAAAUAGACGUUUAUUUCAGAAGCAACUGGAGACCAUUGUGAUGGAGUGCUGCGCCUCGGAUACGCCGAACACGACUCGAUGUGACGGCGCCCGCGGAAUCUGUAAGCACUUCUACGACUCAGCGCCCGCCGGAGAGUACGGUACCAGCCACUACAUCAUCCGUGCGCUCAUGCAACUCUACUCCUAA